UGACGUACUAUUUACCCGACGUCAUGACUGCAAGAUGUCUGCCAUCCGCUACAAAACAACACAGUAAAUAGAACCAAAGUAAAGCCGAAACUCCGUGACAUUAUUGAAGGAAAAAAUAGUUUUUUUUAAUUUAAAUUUUACAAGUGAAAGAGAGGCUCUCCGUCUUAAACAAUGAGGUGAAAGUCCCCCGAUAGACGACUGGUGAAUAUCUGGAGCUUGGAUCUUAACUGAAGCAGCAAUGGACCGCUUCACUGGCUUGACGGCGAGAGAAACCGUGGAGCAUCUCGCCACCUUGCUGCGCUGCGCUCCGACCUCUGAGAAGGUGGCUGCUUUCCUGGACGAGCACGACGAGCUGCGACACCUCAGGGAGAACUUUCUGGUGCCCAAGAUAUCCGAUUUACCUCCUUCGGAUUUGGCGCUGGUGGACGGCAGCCAAGACGGCAUCUACCUGGCGGGAAACUCUUUGGGCCUGCAGCCCAAGAUGGCCAAGCGAUACUUGGAGGAGGAGCUGGACAAGUGGGCCAAAAUGGGUGUCCACGGCCACACGGACGGGUCGCGACCUUGGGCCUGGGCUGAGAACAACUUGGAGGAGCUCAUGGCAAAAGUCGUUGGAGCGCUUACGGAAGAGGUGGCGCUGAUGAACGGUCUCACCGUCAACUUACACCUUCUGAUGCUUUCAUUCUACCAGCCCACGGCGGCGCGACACAAGAUACUCCUGGAAGACAAGGCCUUCCCUUCCGAUCACUACGCAGUCGAGUCGCAGAUCCGACUGAGAGGAUUCAACGUGGCGGACAGCAUGUUGCUGCUGACAUCUAGACCGGAGGAGGAGACUCUACGGAUAGAAGACAUCCUGAACGUGAUUGAAGCGGAAGGCGACUCCAUCGCCGUGGUGAUGCUCAGCGGGGUCCAGUACUACACCGGUCAGCUGUUCAACAUGGCCGCCAUCACGCAGGCUGCUCAGAAAAAGGGAUGCCUGGUGGGCUUUGAUCUGGCCCAUGCGGCGGGAAACGUCGAGAUCCAGCUGCACGACUGGGGGGUGGACUUUGCCUGCUGGUGCUCCUACAAGUACUUGAACUCAGGUGCCGGUGGCCUUGCAGGAGCGUUCAUACACGAAAAACAUCAACACGCCAUCAAACCUGCGCUGACAGGCUGGUGGGGUCACGACUUGAAGACUCGCUUCCAGAUGAACAACGUGCUGGAGCUCCAGCAAGGCGUGAACGGCUUCAGGCUCUCCAACCAGCCCAUUUUGCUAGUGUGCCCCCUGCAGGCCAGCCUGGAGGUGUUCCACAUGACCAGCAUGCGGGCGCUGCGCAGGAAGUCCGUGCUGCUGACAGGAUACUUGGAGUAUCUGAUAUCCCACUACUACUCCGAGGACUCGGCCCAGCCCGGGAAACUCCAAGUGCGCGUCAUCACGCCCUCUGACCCCGAGCAAAGGGGGUGUCAGCUGUCGCUGCGUUUCUCCGUACCCAUUCGGAGCGUCUUCCAGGAGCUGGAGAAAAGGGGCGUGGCUCUCAUCUGGGCUCUGUUGGCUGCGGUGAAAUGACAAGGUAACACAACUGGAGGGUCAGCUGUGUUCCAGGGAAUCAAUCUCGGCUGACAGCAGUGUCUUCGGGAUACUUGAUGGUGACAUGCAAACACACACCAAGGAGACUUGGAAAGUAUAACACACACACACACACACACACACAAAAGCACAGGAGCUCUUCAGCACACACUCCCAUGUUAUAGAUAUUCACUGUCAUUCCGUUUAAAGAGUGUUUGCAUGUUGCUGCUGCAGGUUCAUCCAAUGUCCAGCAGAGGGCAGCAAAGCACCAGCAUAUGUUGCAUACAUGACCACACUACUGGAUAGUUUUUUAAAAUUAUUAUACUAUUAAUAACAUACGUAAACAGUUCUUCAGCAAAACUGGUUUCAGCCUUUUAACUAUUUUAAUUUUUUCUGGGAAUUUAUCAUAUUUUGAUGAUAAAUUCAAUAUUACACAACACUCAUCCUGAUAUGGUUCACUUUUAAGAGCAUGUAUGUCGUCUUAUGCAAUUAGUAUUUUUCCAUCAUUUUAAAAGGUGGCAGAUAAGGGGUAGCCAAAUUGUGGUUAGGGGCCAUUAGCAACCCGCGGCCUUAAAAAAUUAACAUUAACAGUAAGUUUCACUACAAAUAUUUACAGGAAUAAAGUCCAAAUAUAAGACAAAAAGUGGUAAUUUGAUGGAAAAAAGUAAAAAUUUGUUCAUGAAUAACGUUGGAAUAUGUAUGUAUGAUUGUGGUAUUUUAAUGCAACUCUAUUUUUCUUCACUGUAAAGCGCUAUACAAAUAAAAUGUAUUAUUAUUAUUAUUAAUAUCACAAGAAAAAUAGUAAAUAAUAGUAAAGUAAAAUAAUAAUAAAGUAAAAAACAAAUAAAGUAGUAAUUUUUAGAAAACUAUGUUGGGCAAAGGUAUUCUAUUAAAGUCAUAAUUUUAUAAAAUUAUUUCAUAAAAUAAGAAAUUUUACAAAAAGAAAGUUGACAAAGUUGGAAAUUUUAAAGAAAAAAAAAAUCCCAGCAGAAAUGAAACAAAACCGCUGUUAUUGUACGGGAAAAAAGUCCCAAUAUGAAGAUAUAAAAAGUAUAAAAAAAUAUAAAAAGUCAGAUUCUAAUGAGGGAAAAAAGCAAUUUUACAAGAAAAAUUUCAUUAUAUUAUGAGGACAGAAAAAAAGAAAAGAAAAAAAGCGACCAGAGCGACCAAAAAAUAAAUAAAAAAUCAACCAUAAUUCAACAAUACUAUGCUCUAAAACGCCACAUUUCUCAUAAUAUUAUUGUUGCACAUUACUUACAGGCAGGAAGAAGACUAUUGUGAGACUAAAAGCAUCCGCUAUCCUUUGUAUCAUUGAAUUUGUGUAGCUAACUGCGUCAUAAGCUCAACCCAAUGAACCAUUGCGGCCACUAGGCGUCGCCAAACUCAAACCACCACUUUUACUUAAAGGCACAACACGUUCAAAUGUGGUCAAAGCGUGAAAAAAAGUGCGACUUAUACUCCGGAAAAUCUAAUCUUCCUCAUUCCAAGCGGACUAAAACCCGUGGCGCCCUGAGGUCGACCGAGCGGUGGCGGACACUAACCGUGUUCUCUGCGGCGGCAGAUAAAGACGAGGUCAACACCCCCCCACCGAGCGAAAGCAAGAAAGCAAUGCUGGCCCAAUCAAAAGUUCUAUUAACCUGGAGAGCCAGGAGCUAAUUGAGCGAGGGGGAAGCGCUACGUCUCCUGCAAAGCGCCUGUGCGGCGCCGUUAGCACGCGGCGGCGUGACACGUCUGACAUGUUUGUAAUUAUGAGGGAUAAUAAGACGUCGGAGUGGGCAAACAGCUGAGCAGGACACUUGGGCCGCAACACAAAGAUUCUUCCGACCUUUGAUAACCCACACAGGCGUUACACAUCCAGACGUCGGGGGAGGGGGGAGGAGCUUCUGAACGUGCGGAGAUGAUGGGACCGCCUCUGAUGCUCUCUUAUCUCCUGCAGCGGGUGAAAGAUGUUCUAAUCUGUCACCGCAAUACUCUUAAACCCUGGUGCGGCGAUUGGACCAACUUUUGUUCUUCAUAAUCCUCCAUGCCAGAGAGGGGAGGUCAUGUUUGUCAAAAAUGUGCUCGCCAACCCCCCCUCGUUACCCCCCCCCAUGGCUUAAUUUAGAAUUUACGCCGCAUUUGGAACUUCACGCCAGCCACAGACUCCCAACCCAUGAGAACGGCAGCAUGAAAACAAAGACGCAGCCCCUUUUUAGCCCCUAUUUUUGAUGGCUUUUAGCUCAACGGCUAGCGUUACUCAACUUAAAGGCUCUGUUUGUCUUUAGCGUCCAACAAAAAAUACAAGCCCACCACAAUAUUUCGAUGGCACGUUGGUAGUAUGAGUAUUACCCUGGGCUUUUAGCUCAACGGCUAGCGCUACUCGACUUAAAGGCUCUGUUUGUCUUUAGCGCCUAACAAAAAAUGCAAGCCCACCACAACAUUUCGAUGGCACGUUGGUAGUAUGAGGUGGUUACCCUGGGAUUUUAGCUCAACGGCUAGCGCUGCGCUACUUAAAGGCUCUGUUUGUCUUUAGCACCUAACAAAAAAUACAAGCCCACCACAAUAUUUCGAUGGCACGUUGGUAGUAUGAGGCGCUUACCCUGGGAUUUUAGCUCAACGGCUAGCGCUACUCUACUUAAAGGCUCUGUUUGUCUUUAGCGCGCAACAAAAAAUACAAGCCCACCACAAUAUUUCGAUGGCAUGUUGGUAGUAUGAGUAUUACCCUGGGCUUUUAGCUCAACGGCUAGCGCUACUCGACUUAAAGGCUCUGUUUGUCUUUAGCGCCCACAAAAAAUACAAGCCCACCACAAUAUUUCGAUGGCACACUGUAGUAUGAGGUCGUUACUCACGACUUUUAGCUCAAUGGCUAGCGCUACUCUACUUAAAGGCUCUGUUUGUCUUUAGCGCCCAACAAAAAAUACAAGCCCACCACAAUAUUUCGAUGGCACGUUGGUAGUAUGAGUAUUACCCUGGGCUUUUAGCUCAACGGCUAGCGCUACUCUACUUAAAGGCUCUGUUUGUCUUUAGCACCAAACAAAAAAUACAAGCCCACCACAAUAUUUCCAUGGCACGUUGGUAGUAUGAGGCGGUUAUCCUGGGAUUUUAGCUCAACGGCUAGCGCUGCGCUACUUCAAGGCUCUGUUUGUCUUUAGCACCUAACAAAAAAUACAAGCCCACCAAAAUAUUUCGAUGGCACGUUGGUAGUAUGAGGUGGUUACCCACGGCUUUUAGCUCAACGGCUAGCGCUGCUCAACUUAAAGGCUGUGUUUGUCUUUAGCACCCAACAAAAAAUACAAGCCCACCACAAUAUUUUGAUGGCACGUUGUUAGUAUGCGGUGGUUACCCACGGCUUUUAGCUCAACGGCUAGCGCUGCUUGACUUAAAGGCUCUGUUUGUCUUUAGCGGCAACAAAAAAUACAAGCCCACCACAAUAUUUCCAUGGCACGUUGGUAGUAUGAGGCGGUGACCCACAGCUUUUAGCUCAACGGCUAGCGCUGCUCGACUUAAAGGCUGUGUUUGUCUUUAGCGCCCGACAAAAAAUACAAGCCCACCACAAAAUUUCGAUGGCACGUUGGUAGUAUGAGGUGGUUACCCACGGCUUUUAGCUCAAUGGCUAGCGCUGCGCUACUUCAAGGCUAUGUUUGUCUUUAGCGCCUAACAAAAAAUACAAGCCCACCACAAUAUUUCGAUGGCACGUUGGUAGUAUGAGGUGGUUAUCCUGGGAUUUUAGCUCAACGGCUAGCGCUGCUCUACUUCAAGGCUCUGUUUGUCUUUAGCGCCCAACAAAAAAUACAAGCCCACCACAAUAUUUCGAUGGCACGUUGGUAGUAUGAGGUGCAACACGUGCAACAAUUAUGCCGGGCCCUCAAACUUAUUAUUUCACGUUGACCUUCUCGCCUUGCUUCCCUUGAACGCAACCAUCUGUCACGGGGGUGGGGGGGUGGGGGGCUUGCAGCCUCAGCUGAAACGUUGUGUUUUGGUUCCAGCCAGAAGAAAUCUAAAUAUUUGAAGCGAUCGGAUCCACGUUCUCGUCAUUGUUACCUUGCGUCUGUUUACUUUGGACCCGUGCGAGGCGGCAGACCUGCGGCGCCGCAACUCAUCUGUGUACAUCGUUUAGAUGACAGCGUGGUUUACUUUACACAACCCCCGAUUUCGUUAGGACGCUAGAAAACACUUUCUGCCGCCCGACGACGCAUUCCUGUGUGCACCUCCAGCUGCGGUCGGGAUGGAUGAGGAGGUGGCAGAUGUCUCGCGUCACACCGGUGGUGGAGUUACGCAACGUAGCGUUCAGGGUCCGAUUGUUUCCCGGUACAAACUUUAGGUUUUUGUUGUUGUUGUAAAAACGAAACCUUGAUUUUUGUGUUUUUUGGUGUCUAAUUGGAUGGAUGGGAUGGAUGGAUGGAUGGAUGGAUAGAUAGACUUCCUUUAUUGUCAUUGCACAAUAACACAGCAGUGAAAUUGCCAACAAAAUGUCGUUGACUGGCUCCCGUAUAAUAUAUAAUAAUAAUAAUAAUAUAUAAUAAUAAUAAUAAUAAUAAUAAUAAUUACCCAGACUCGUUAAUACCUAAACACUUUAGCACUCCCCUCAAAUUCAUGGAGAACAAAAUAACACAGCAGUGAAAUUGCCAACGAAAUGUCGUUGACUCGCUCACGGAAAAUAUAUAAUAAUAAUAAUAACAAUAAUAAUAAUAAUAAUAAUAAUAUUACCCAGGCUCAUUAAUACCUAAACACUUCAGCACUUCCCUCAAAUUCAUGGAGAACACAAUAACACAGAAGCGAAAUUGCCAACUAAAUUUUGUUGAUUCGCUCCCAUAUAAUAAUAAUAAUAAUAAUAAUAAUAAUAAUAAAAAUAAAAAAUAAAAAAUAAAAAAUAAAAAAUAAAAAAUAAAAAAUAAAAAAUAAAAAAUAAAAUAAAAAAAAUAAUAAUAAUAAUAAUUACUCAGGCUCAGUUUAGCACUCCCCUCAUAUUCAUGGAGAACAAACUUCUGUCUUGACAUAACCUAAUCAUAAACACGCAAACUUGAGCUUGAACGCACCGUAACACCGAAACAUUUUCACGCUCCCCCCAAAUUCAUGGAGGACAGAAUCAACCUGAAAACGAUCACCGCUGGACCUUGACAGCAAUUCUUGGUCUUAGACUGAAAACGGCGAUAAGAAGUUACCAGAAAGUGUAAUCGGCCCGCAUGUCAGACGCCUGAAAGAAAGUGUGCCUUGCUUUUUACCAGCCGUAAAUAUAGAAACAUCAUACUUCUCAUCUGCGCCGCAAAUUGCAAUUUACAAAUUAAUCCCCCUUUGGAAAAGUGAUCUUUUAUCUUAUUUUGAAGGGGCGCCAUAACGACGCGUUGGUGUUGAUGCUGACUGACGGAAUAAUUCACAGCUCGGGCGACCACCAGCCACCGCCUCUGUGAUCUGUCGGCGCAACCACGCCUGGACUUAAAGGUCUAUGAAAAGAGGCAAUUUCCGAUUAUCACGCUUGGAUCUGUCAGGCAGUUUGGGUGCUCGUUAAUCUCCCCGAGUGCUUGGCGUUGAUGAUGGUGUCCGUAUGCGGCUUUAAUUUGGCCACUUCACACCGCGGCGAGAUGAAGAUGUUAUGAAGAUGCGAGUGCCUGCCUCGGAGACGCUUGUUGUGCGUCACGAUAUUUUGAAACAUUCGUGUCGCGCCAUCGUGCCGCUGAUGAACCGGUCCUUGGUCCGAGUGCUUCUAGCCUGGGGUCGUGGGGGUCAGCGGUGAGGCGGGAUCUAGCUAAAGACUCAAAAUGAGCUCCUGCAGCACAAGCUCACAACCUCAAUGUGAGAUUUUAUCACGACUAAACGUUUGCCAAAAGUAACUCUUAUGCAAAUUAUUCAUAAAACAUAAAAUGACUGAAAUGCAUAGGAGUCAUGCUGUUGCUAAAUGCUGCCACACAGUGGCCACCGCCAGGUACUGCAGGUCGCCAAGCUUUGGAAGCUUUUCUAAUUGCACAGUUUUAGGAUUCAUAAACCGUUUUAUAUUAAAUAUAAUAUAUUAAAUAUAUUUGUGCAUUCAUAAUAAUUCAUCUGGAGGCAUAAACGGCAAAACAAAACGAUUAUUAUUCCCUUAUUCAGACAUUUUGUCGUGAUUGUUUGUAAAAUAAAGACCUAAAAUAAAGACCUAAAUGAAUUAUAAAUGUGGAAUAGAAAUGUUUAAUAAUAAAUAAUUAAUAAAUAAUUAUUUAUAAUAAUUUACAAUUUUUAUAUUUAUAAUUUGACAUUUAAUUUAAUAUUUAUAUGUAUUAUUUAAUAAUAAUAAUAUAUUAUAAAUAAUAAAUAUAAAUAUAAAAUAGACAGCUCGAAGACAGCUGGGAUAGGCUCCAGCACCCCCGCGCGACCCUCGUGAGGAAAAAGCGGUAGAAAAUGAAUGAAUGAAUAUUUAUAAUUUAAUAUUUAAUUUAAUAUCUAUAUGUAUUAUUUAAUAAUAAUAAUUUAUUAUAAAUAAUAAACAUAAAUAUAAAAUAAAUAAUAAUGUACCCCGUCUCUCGCCCGAAGACAGCUGGGAUAGGCUCCAGCACCCCACGCGACCCUUGUGAAGAAAAGCGGUAGAAAAUGAAUGAAUGAAUGAAUUUGAUAUUUAAUUUAAUAUUUAGAAUAUUUAUUAUUUUAUAAUAAUAAUACAUUAUAAAUAAUAAAUAUAAAAUAAAUAAUAAUGUACCCCGCCUCUCGCCCGAAGACAGCUGGGAUAGACUCCAGCACCCCCGCGACCCUCGUGAGGAAAAGCUGUACAAAAUGAAUGAAUGAAUUUACAAUUUUAAUAUUUAUAAUUUGAUAUUUAAUUUAAUAUUUAUUAUUUAAUAAUAAUAAUUUAUUAUAAAUAUAAAUAUAAAAUAAAUAAUAAUGUACCUCGUCUCUCGCCUGAAGACAGCUGGGAUAGGCACCAGCACCCCCGCGACCCUCGUGAGGAAAAGCGGUAGAAAAUGAAUGAAAUAAUAAAUUAAUAAAUAAUAUAAAAUAUAAAUAUAAUAAAUAUAAUAUUAGCCUUGUUUUUAGCCCUGAAUUAAUAUAUGGAUAUUGUAUUUUAAAGCAUCUUUUACUGUGUUUUUACUCAACUCUAUUUUAUUUGUUUUUUUCUCUACUGUAAAACGUCUUUGAGUACUCUGAAAAGCGCUAUACAAAUAAAAUGUAUUAAUAUUUAUUAUUAUUAUAAAUAACUAAAUUGAUGUCUGCAUCCGCAGUCAGAAACGUGUGCUGUUUGCAUAUUUAUUUUUUACAUAGAACAUUUAAUAUUUGCAUUUAAAAGUAAGAUUCAAUGUAACAUUUCUAUGUAAUAUUAUGUGAAAUAUGAAUUGAAUAUAUAUAUUUCAUAAUCUCUAGUGCCGACAAGCAAGCGGAGAAGGGAGGGGCUCUGGUGGGGCUUUCGCUGUUGUCGCCGUGUGCAAGCGUCCCCGGGGGGCGUGCCUGUGCACUCUGACACCAGCCCCCCCUCCCCCGCGGGACUGGCGUCAGGGAGGAAAGUGCGCUUGUUGCCGCCCAGGGCGUCUGCGAGCGGGAUCCAAGCCAGAGUCAGGAGGUCAGCUCCAUGUCCUGGAAGCAAACCGCGACCUACUUUCAAAACCAAACAACCUGCCACGGCGCCUUGACGCGUCGCCUCGCUCGCAAAGUCAGAAGGUCCACAAGACGGGAAAACUUCGGGUUGCAUAACUUGGGAAUGCGAUCGUUAUCCCGGAAUCGCAUCCCCAAAAAUAAUCCCAACGUCCAUUUUCCACAUGAAUACCAUUACCGAAUCAUAAAAGUCAAAUUUGUGUGUUUCCUGUGGCAUUGGACGCUUUGUGUCUGUAAGUAAUGUGUAACUAUAAUAUUGCAUAUGGGUUAGCAGUCUUGUGUAUAUUAUAAAUAAUAAUUAUUAUUAUUAGUCUUUUUGCCUCACUAAUCAGCUUUAUAUCUCAAACAGUGAGAUUUCGCACUUUGUUCGGACAUUCUUGAACGCACCACAAAAGUGAAACAGUUGGGCCUCAAGGUGAAAAACAACGUAAUGAAACCUCAUAUUACAAAUAUACAAAAUAAGGUGGCCAGAAGUAUUUCAAUAUUGAAAAAAAGCAAAAUCAGAAAUGUGGAAAUAUGGGCUAAUAACUAUAAAAGCAAUCUUCACUCGCUAAAUGUACUGCAAAAAAGGCCAGUAAGGAUAAUUCAUAAUGCCGCCUACAGAGAACAUACUAACAGCUUAUUUCUAAAAUCACAAAUACUUCAACUUGCUGAUAUUAGCUAAAAAUGUCAUCCAAUACUUCUCUACAAGAGAGGAGAAAUAUGAAAAAAAUAUUGAAAAUAUUAUAUUGAAAAAUUAAAAUUAAAAUUAAAAUUAAAAUAAAACACCUUAAAUUAUAUUAGGACAUUAGAACAAAUGUAACAUUUAAAAAAAUUAAAAUUAAAAUUAAAAUUAAAAUUAAAAUUAAACACCUUAAAUUAUAUUAGGACAUUAGAACAAAUGUAACAUUUAAAAAAAUUAAAAUUAAAAUUAAAAUUAAAAUUAAAAUUAAAAUUAAAUUAAAAAAUAAAUUAUUAAAAAUUAUUAUUAAAUUAUUAUUCUUCCUACUCCUUUUCGACAUGCGGUACUGGGAACUGAUUAUGGGAUGCACUCAAUCGUAAUCUGAUGCAUGUUCAAAUGAAAUAAAACCAUUCCCAUUCCCAUUCCCAAUAUAUGACGGUAAGGAGUGUGGAUUAUGUAGACCAGGUUAAAGGCUGCACCGUGAUUCCGAUCCAUCUAUUUUUAGUGAUCAUGAUUGUUACUCAGUGGCGAGUAGCUAUACGUUUUAUAUUUUUAAUUUGUUUAGUUAUAAAAAGUGUGUAUAAUUGUGCGUUCCGCGUAGCUUUUGUUGCUAGUAAACAAUAGCAAUUGAAGCUAGAAGGGUUGAAUCUGACGUAAACAUGAAGCUAGCAGGACUCUACGAUAUUUUAGAUACCUCGUAUCGGAUGUUAAAAACCUGAAAAAAUUGGUACGCGUCUAGAAAAAGUCGUAUCAAAAUCGGACACGAGGAAGUACGGAAGAUAUCCGAGUUUCCCGCUUCAUCACGCAGGAUGUAAACUUCAAGCGUAAGACGGAAGCAUCUCGUCACGCCGACCUCACACACACGCCGAGAGAUGUGUGUCCGGCCCGUAGCGCUCGAGAUCUGCUUGGCUCAGGAUCACCUCGGCUGCCGGUUUCAAGUCUGACUCUUGAGGCGUGCCGGAGAUCUUAUAGGGUUUGAAGUUGAGAGCGCACGGCACCGGCGAGCACCCGCGUCUCCUUUCACCUCGUGGCGUUUUUGUAAGCGCCGAAAGGAAACGGGGAGAAGUAUCAAGCAGAAACAGCGCAUCACCGCGAGGCACGGCGGCUGCUUUGGAUCAGUACCUCGCCGACCGGCCAAUCAAAGACGAUGCCGUUCCGAAGCUCCCUCAGACCUGAUCUGCUUCUUCUUCUCUCCAGCCUCCGAGCUUUUUUCAUGCCGGUGAAAACAUGUCAGAAUACAUGAAAGCAGCCGGUUUGCCCCACCAGCUAAGGCGCAGUGAAGGCUCCAUCACGGGUGGAGAUGGAGGGAGGACCAGCUAAGAAUAUCUGUUCGAGUCCCGAUCCUCCGUUGUGUUCCGCGACUGUUCCUUUUCGUUUUAUUUACAACAUUUAUUGACGUGGAAUUACCUCUAAAGUUCCACAUUUAUUCAUCAAAUAAGCCGCCAUUUUAGUAAGCAUUUUCAUGCAUGAAAUCCAAAUAUAAUACAUUCUGAAGAUAAAGCACACUAGCACAUUUAACCUUCCUUUUGUGCAGGGGUGUCAAACUCAAUUUACUUGGGGGGCCACUGGAGCUAGGGUCCGGGUGAGACUGGGUCGCAUCAGGUUUAAAAAAAAAAAAAAAAAAAAAAAAAACGACAAAAAACGCAUUUAUUAAAAAUAGAAAAAUUAAUAAACUUUGCUUUGGUUUUGAUUUUCUACAAUAAAAGCUCUGAUAAAACAUUCCACUGUUCUCAAAUAUCUUAAUUUUUAUUUUUCUACACAAAAUAAGAUGAAAAAAAAUCAAGAAUAAAGAAAAUCAAUCAAUCAGUAAUAAAUAAAUAUAUAUAAUAAUAAUAAUAAUAAUAAUAAAACGGCAAAUAAUAAAAACUUAAGAAACCACAUAUAGUUGGUGGGUAGACAAAUUAUUUUUUGACAUUACAAAACACGACUAUAGUCACAUUUAUACUUUUUUUUAUUUACAACAUAUUGCGCAACUGCGGGGUCUUGAGACACAUGCUAACUCGCAAACUAGAGAGCUAGCGACCUAAACGGUAGCCUUCAAGUUAUUUCCUUUAAAACUUAAAUAGCCAAAAAAAUUACCACUUCCACACGGAUAGGGAGGAUAACUAUUAACAGUUAUUUAACCUUUAACAUGAACAUUAAUCAAACGUAAUAAUUUUUUCUGGGUACAUGAAAGUAGUGUCCUGCGGGCCAUAUUUGGCCCGCGGGCCGCGUGUUUGAGACCCCUGCCGUAGCUGUUUCUUUAGUGAUUAAUACUAAAAUGAGAACAUAAAUAAAACUAAUUGAUUUAAGAAAUAUGUUAUGUAUAGCUCUCAGUAAUAGCCAGGUAACAAAAUAAUUCAAUUUAUGAAUAUGAUUCUUUUGAGGUUCAUUUUACCGUUUUUUUUUAUUAUUAUUACAAUCAAUAAAAUAUACAAUAAAAAAUUAUUACAAAAAUAUUUAAUUUAUUUUAAAAUAAAUUUUUAAAAUAUAUUUUAAAAUAUUUUAUUUUAAAAUAUUUAAUAUUUAAUUUCACUCUGUGUGUACGCUACAGGCCCCGCCUACACCCGCCGACACAAAAAAAGUGAACGAUUGCUGAAACCAAUGCACAGAGUGAACCCUCAAUAGUGGGCCAAAUGAGAGUUAAUUAUUAUUUAUUGUGAUUAAUCGUGUUUUUUUCUUUGGUUUCUUCAUCCCGUGAAAACACACCUAGUCGGAUGUACACGUCUUUUCGCACCGGAAGUCCGCUUGGGUCGGUUUCAGCUUCGACAUCGAGACUUUUGCAUGACGGCCACAACGGUCCGCUCGACGAUACGGAGAGGAAAACAACAAGGAAAAAAAUCAGGAAAUGAAGGCACCGCACCGCCCGUUUAAGACCUUAUUGCUUUUGAGUGCGUCUUUACUGUUUCCGUAUUUUGACUGAAAUCUUAAUGCAGCGAGGAUUAAAAGGAUUACAACAUAAUCUGGAGUAAUCCAAAGCGCCACGGACGGAGGAGUGCUUGUAAUCACAGCGUAAAAGCUGUCCGGAGGUCUGACAACAUUGUCAGUCACAUUGAGGAUUAAAUAUUUGUGGCAAAACUUUUAUUAAUG